AUUGAUCCGUUGCUAGAAGAUAGGGCAUUCCAAAAUUUAUUGGGUAGUAUUAUUGUACUUGGCAGCUAAAGAUGUUUGCUAACUGUCUCCGUCAUUCUUAUCCUUACACCCGCUGUUUGUUUCCGGAUUGAGAUGGUCAUUGUCAAGGCUUUUUUAGUUCUCUAAUUCACAGUACACUGCUUAGUUUUUGGUUCAACUGGCUCUUACGUUUCACUGCCAAUUAACCCUCGCUCCCUAAAGCGAUCUUCCAUAUGCUCCUCUCCUUUUCAUGUUUUUGUAGUUUGACUAGGAGGAUAUUUGCAUAAGUAAAGGAUGAGUGAAGAAUUGUAGCGUGAUGUGAAUGGUGCUUCUGAGGGUUGUCAGAAGUUUCUGAGUGAGGACAUGAAAUCGUGUAGAAAGAAAGGGGUAGUAGCAGGAGGGAGGGGACUUGGCUGAAGGGAAUUUUAAUGCGACAAGGUCAAGGAGAAGUGGAGAAUUAUAUAGUUCUCGCAACGACACUGGAGUUGAAUUUCCAUUGAUACAUCAUACUUAAAAAUCAAAAGCUACUGAUCAGAAUCUACUGAUCAAGGAGCAUACCUUAGCUGAGAAUCAAACCAAACCUCAUUUAGAUCCACCUAGCAGGCUCACUCAACAUGGGUAUAUGUUGUCCAAAGUUGGCACCGUCGAGACACGGCGAUGACACCCUCAGUUCAAAGCCAUCCACAGUUGUGCCAACAUCGUCCUGUCCAACUCUCCGUGAAACUACACAUAAUAUGACGACGUAUGCAGAGGCCAAGAGAAUUCCUAGAGUACAGCUGAUUGGAGACAAAUUUUGUCCCUUCACACUACGGGUGCUGAUUGCGUUGCAAUUUAAGGGUAUUCAUGUGGAUGCAGCCUGGCUGACACCGGAGGAUUUGAGGAAUCCGAAUAGGAUAAUCACCGCAAGUCCAAAUGGAAAAUACCCUGUGUUACAGAACGGACUUCACAGACUCAUCAGCUCAACGAGCGCCAUGCUGGAUUACAUUGAGGAAACGUUCCAAUAUCCUACGUUGAUUCCCAGCCAUAUAAAGGGAGAGGUCAUAAAAUGGGCAUCCUUCAUUCGAGAUGAGUUUACUCCUACGCUAGCACAGUUAAUUCAUGAUGGAAAUCCCGUAGUGCAGCAGAGGAUGACACAGGACCUAAAGUCUGCCUUCGCCGAACUCAACAACGGUAAACGGCAACAUGGAAAACAGGGUCGAUUCUUUUCUGGGAGUCAGUUCACCCUUGUGGAUGUCUACCUGAUUCCUACUCUUCUUCAGGUUGACGUCGCAAAAUUCUUUCGUGGCGUUUCCAUCGACACAGUUAAUUCCCAUCUACUUAGUUACAGUCGCGCCAUGCAUUCGUUUCCCAACUAUGCUCCUGUGAGAGUGGAUAUGGACUUACUUAAAGAGGCUGUGGCCAAAUUGUUGUUCGAGAGAGAUUCAUUACCUUUUGUAGUGAUGACUAUGCUGCAACAUCGAAGCAUUUUGCGGCACAUGAAGAAGCUUGUAGUUCUAGCUGAUGAGCUCCUUGUAAAUAAACUUGCGUCAGAAGUUGGGCAGUUCGGAACGCUAGGGGCAGUUCCAGGGAAACAUGUGCAUUUACUAUGGAAGAUGGAUGGACGUUUAGUGGACUUGAUGCAAGAGCAUGCACAAAUGGAAGAAAGGGUCUUAUUUCCUGCAAUAGACUCCAGAGGCCAAGGAAUGACCGGAACAGCUCUCACAGACCAUGCCCGAGAUCUUCCAGUGAUGAAUGGUAUACGUGAGGAUAUUAAGGGAGUAAUGGCUUUGGAGCGAGAUUGCGCUGACUACCUCGAAGGGUUGCAAGCUCUUUCAACUCGACUGCGUGCUUUCCAGGAGAAUACAGUGGAUCAUUACCAUGAAGAAGAAAGGGAUCUGUUACCCAAGCUGAAUGUAAUCGAUCUAGCGACAAAGAAGCAAGACGAGCUGAUGGUCCAGUGUUUUGGAAUUAUGGAGGAUUCCCAUGGGAGGCUAUUACCGUUCCUUCUGCAAGGGAUGGAGCCUCAUGAAGUAAUCCAAUAUCUUGAACUCCUCAAGAAAUCAUUUGAGGGAGGAAAGAGCCGACUUUUCACUGGUAUCUUAUUCUGCUUAGAGAAUGCAGAUGAAGAAUUUAAAGAUGUGUGCAAGACGGCGCAAGAAAGGAUAAUUGAAAUGAUGGCUCUUGAAAAUGCCAAGACUGCUGGGUCAUGA